UCCCCAGCUGCCUGUCAAAACGCCGCUACGAGGCAGGAAGCAGCUAGAAUCAUUCGAAUGUUCAACCUUGUGUCGAGCACAUAUCCCAGUCCUAAAUAAAAAUAAAAAGCAGCCUUCAAUCAAUAACAACCGAUCUGAUCUUUAAUAAUGUCCAAGUUUAAUGUCUUGGUGAUCUUCUGGUAUGCCGUGAUGCUGAUGCAGCCUUGGAUGGGGCAGGGCCUGCGCAUCAAGCGCUCGCAUGUCCAGCUGAAUGCUACAGCUGUGGCAUCCACUUCUGGACCGUUGAUGGCAACUCAAGCGGGCAACGGCACAACUUCCGGAACCGCCAAAGCAAUGGCAACAGUCGCUAGCACGGCUAAUCCUCCAACUGUGGUCAAAUCAUCCACUCGGCAAGAGCCUGCCGUGGACAAUGACAAGGCUGGCGUCAUGGCAGGCCCUACAAUCACCACCAAAAUCGAGGACCCACUAGUGGAGCCAUCGACUGGACUGGUAGACUCUUUACUGUCCGAGCUGAAUCGCCCCAAGCGCCGCAUAUCGCUGAUGAAUGACGCCCUAAUGCCUCGUUCGGCUAACCCUCCGGCUGACGCCGUUCCUCUGCUGCCGCCCUUUGCGUACUAUGACAAGGUGGACUCGCCGGAUGGCAAUCUCGAGAUUGAGGACUUCGAGCUGGGGUCCCCCAACACGCUUACUGAGGACAUGCAGCAGGAACUCGGAUCUGAACUGGAAAUGAUGGACUUGGCCAAAUUUAUCCUCAUGAACGCCCCCGAAUGCGAACCACACCGCGGCCACAUUAUGACCCCGUCCGAGAAGAACGAGUCCUCGCCUGCUCUGCCGCUGCUAUUCGACGUGUUGCAACAACUGAUGCAGCCCGACGAAACGUUGCAGACAGCCUUAAAGAUGAACAACAGCCACAUGAAAUCACCUUUGUCUCAAUUCCUCAACGGCUCCGUGGAGCUGUCGCUGCAGACCAAUCGCGAAGCUAUCGACCAAGAGAAUCCUUUGGAGCUCGAGAGUGAUGACCAACUGGACAAACUGGAUAAGAAAAGCAAGGACAACAAGAGCAAGCGUCUGGAUGCCUACAAGAACUACGACCUCAAGACCAAGGAAGCUGCUGAAGUUGCACCCACCCGCAAUGAGGACGAAAUCGUUCUCUCCUGCCCCGUCCACCACGAGCAUCAUGCCAAUCGCAACGGCGAAGUAGUCUACGACGACGUGGUCAUUGUCGACCAGUGUCAUGUUGAAUAGGUCGGCCUCUAGGUCGAAACAUAGCGGUAGGACAUUAGGUUUAUAGGUAGCAAAGAUUUCGAUUUACGCCUGGGGUGCAACUAAAUUGUUAGGUUUUUCAUUUUUCCUUUAGUGUUUUUUUGGGGGUUUUUUGUUUAGUAUAGGAAUUUUGUCAGUCAGUCAAUUUAUUGAUAUAUUUUUGAAGAUUAUUUUCGGUUUUUUGUAUCAAAAGUUUGAAUGCCAACAAAGGUUAUCCGAUACGUGCGUAGAAAGGUAAUAGAAAGAAAAAAAUAAAAGCAACGUACGCAUUCAUUCAAA